CAACUGCUCCGAUAAACCAACCGCUUCGGCCCCUCGGUUACUUUCGUCACAUAAACUGUUUCGUGAGUUCCAAACACACACCGAGUAAGCAAAGUGCAAAGAUGAGUCGAAGUGCGGAAAAGAACAUGAGACCGACUCGGUUGGUGCAGCUACUACUCUGGGGAACCGUCCUCGGGUACACAGUAAUGUCGGUGGAAGGAGCGGAGCGGGUUCGCUAUCGCCGUGACUUGGUGCAGAUUGUGGAAAGCGAGGGUGAGCGAGAUACCAAGCAGCUCCACGCCAACACUAAGAAGCACCGAGGAGACCAGCUCUUGACUCAGCUGUGGCAUGUAGAAGCCCACCCGCAACAAGCGGAUGCUGUGUCCAAAGAUGCCGCCGCUGGAGCUCCGCGUGCCAGCGCUCAGCACCGAGCUCUCAUGACGAUGAAGUCCGCCAGGAACCCCAAAUCGGUCAAGGCUCCCACCCCCAGUAGUCCAACAGCCCCCAGUAUGGAAGCACCGGAAAUUGAUGAGGAUAUGUUGACCAUGAUGAGCAUGAGUCUCAGUAUGAGUAUGAGCAUGUCGAUGAGCUUUGCUUAUUUUAUGUAAAUGUCACGUCUGUGUGGUCUCCUUGCCCCGGUUUGGUGCCGGAGAUCACUCUGUUGAGCCGUGUCGAAACGCAAAAGUGCCCUUACUAGCAGUGUUGCGGCGCACGCGAGUUGGUACGGAUGUACCGCUUCGUGCUGAGCUGUUUGAUGACAGUUGUUUGUCACUGUCAAACUAAUUCUCUAGUAAAAAGUAAUUUAUUUCUGACGUU